CGUGACAUCUAUUUGACCGAAGGAGCGUGAGUGACGACAACACGAGCAUAAAGGCUAUCCAUUGGACAGCGCUCUACCUUCCGCCAAAAAGGUGGCGGAAACGGCUGUACUCAUCCCUCGUAGUCCAUGCUAACUCAAAUACCGAUGCAGGGCUAUUGACUGCAGGCGUCUAUGCAAAUGUUCCCUGCUCGUCACAUUGCAGCGUUACAAAGGAGAGAAAGAUCGUUUGACCGCGUCAUCGCCAACAAACCCAGCUCUUGCAGACCGCGGAUAACUAAGCUUAGAUUGGCCAGCUUGUUGUGUAGAAGGACCGAGAGUUGAAGUAGGCAAUGCUAGAUGGCCAGAGUUGAAACAUGAGCGCUAUUGACCGGAAACUGUGUCCUUCCAGCCGGGGCAGGAUGCGGUCAGGGUUCUGUUCAUCUCUCACUUUCUACGCCAACGGCGAUGCCGAGCCGCCAGCGGGCUGUCUCCUGACCUCUGCCCCUUGCUUAUCGCACUGCAACAAUGCAACACUACAGGAAUUACGGACGUGCUAUGCGUAGCGAAGUAAUAUGGAUCCCUGAGCGCAAGACUAGCGUCAUAUGCGAGUAAGAAAUCAUACCCAAGAAGGAGAGAGCCAGCUCGGGCAUGACGCGUCCUAACGAGGCAGAUUGGAG